AUGGCCGUAGGAAAGAACAAGCGCCUGUCCAAGGGCAAGAAGGGUAUCAAGAAGAAAGUCGUCGACCCCUUCUCGCGCAAGGACUGGUAUGACAUCAAGGCGCCGUCGUUCUUCGAGACAAGGACAGUCGGCAAGACGCUUGUCAACCGCUCCCAGGGCUUGAAGAACGCCAACGACUCGCUCAAGGGCCGCAUUGUCGAGUUUUCGCUCGGAGACCUGAACAAGGACGAGGAGCAGUCAUUCCGCAAGAUCCGUUUGCGGGUGGACGACGUGCAGGGGAAGAACUGCCUGACGAACUUCCACGGCAUGUCCUUCACCUCGGACAAGCUGCGCUCGCUCGUCCGCAAGUGGCAGACGCUGAUCGAGGCCCACGUGGACGUCAAGACCACCGACGGCUACAUUCUCCGCCUCUUCGCCAUUGCCUUCACCAAGCGCCGCCCGAGCCAGGUCCGCAAGACGACGUACGCGGCAUCUUCCCAGGUUCGCGAGAUCCGCAAGAAGAUGUUCGAGAUCAUGACCCGCGAGGCGACCUCUUGCGACCUCAAGGAGCUCGUCCAGAAGUUCGUCCCCGAGGCCAUCGGCCGCGAGAUCGAGAAGGCGACGCGCUCGAUCUACCCCCUCCAGAACGUCUACGUCCACAAGGCCAAGAUCAUCAAGGCCCCCAAGUUCGACGUCUCCAAGCUCAUGGAGCUCCACGGCGAGACGCACGACGAGACGGGCGCACGGGUCGUCAAGGACUUCAAGGAGCCCGAGGUUCUCGAGUCCGUAUAA